AUGGAUUGGAAGUUGGUGGUCCAACCUGAAGAUAAUAUACCUCCCAACGGUCACAAAAUGGAGACGGAUGCUAGAGAGUACCUGGAGGCUAAGAAGGCAGCUGCUCUUCAGCGCUCAGCAUCAGGAUCUACCCUUUAUAUGAAGGAUCCUACAUUAAGGCUGCCAUCCAGAACUGAAGGAAGAAGUCAAAGACCUUUAGCUGUCCAGCUAAGGUACUUGUCAGAUGAGAAUGAGCUGAAUGGAGAUUCAAAUAUUGGUUUCAUGUGUCCUAGUUUGAUUUCGGAGACCAUGCUACGCACUGAACCAGAUGUCGCGAUCAACUACAUGCAAAGGGGUCUAAGGCCAGGAAGUUGCAAAUUGGAACUGGUGAAAAAGAAGAUUACCACUCUGACCGAAUCCCUUCGGGAGGCAGAGGCAUUUAUCCAUGCUAAGGAGGUAUGCGCAGAAGCAAAGCAUCCUGAAACAAAAAAGACUGAAGAAGCAGUUCAUCCAAAAAAGAACAAUCCCAAGAAAGCUGAAAACUGGGCAUUGACUUCAAUGACAACCUCAUCCAAGAGAAGCAAAAGAAGUGAACCAGCAACAUCAGUAGAGCCUAUAGAAUUCAGCAAAGAUCAAUAUUCCAUUCUUAUGGAGAUAAAAGAUCAGCAUGCGAAAGCUUUGGAGGAUUUGGCUGGUAAGGGGAAGAUGAAUUCAUAUCUUUCUCAAGGAGGAAGAAAGUUUCAGAAGCGGGAUGACCGUAAGAACCGAAGAAAAGAAAGCGAAAGCACUGACGAAGAUGUAGUGCUUGUCAUAUCUGGAGGGUUUGCAGCAGGAGGACCAACCAAUCGGGGAUAUAAGAAUUACUUAAGGGAACUCGGCCAGAUCAUGCUCACCAAUCAGGCAGAGUCUGACCCCUUCCCUAAGGUAGUCGUCAGCGAGCUGGAUCGUAGGAAGAUAAGAACCCCCCAUGAAGACCCUUUGGUUGUGGAAAUGAAAAUUGCAAACCUGAGAGUGAGAAGGAUCCUGAUUGAUACAAGGAGUUCGACCAAUAUCAUCAGUGCAGAUUAUUUGUCCAGACUAAAGUUCAAGGAGAAUGACUUGGUCCCAGUUCACCAUCCCAUCAUAGGGUUUGGAGGAGGAAUAAUCCACCCUAUGGGAACUGUCACCUUGCCUGUUAGGGUGGGAGACAAAGAGGCCUCCAGAACAUUGUUUGUUAAGUUCUUGGUGGUACGAGAUUUGACGGCUUACAACGUCAUUCUCGGGCGACCCACCUUGAACCACAUCAAAGCUGUUAUUGUAACUCAUCUGAUGUUAAUGAAGUUUGAGUGUGAUGGAGGAAGACUGGAUCCCUAUAUGGAGAUCAGUAAGUAG